GUUAGAGGGCGCAAAUUUUUCUCAGCGGUAGUCAUAGAGGGCGAAAAUGUAUAUUGCUGUUUUUGAAUCUGGCAGUAACUUUUACUGUAAUCGUUUUAACGCCGGUAUUUGGCCAUUUCGAUUUUGUCCGGCUUUUGUGUGAGACGUUUCGAGGUUCAAAGAUGGCACCAAUGUCGAUUUUCGUUGGAGGUUUAGGUGAAGAUACACAAAAAGAAGACCUAGAAAGAGAAUUCAGUAGAUUUGGUAACUUGACCAAGGUUUGGGUUGCUCGUAAUCCACCUGGAUUUGCAUUCAUCGAUUUUGAGAAUGAUGAUGAUGCUAAUGAAGCUAUUAAAGAAAUGAAUGGUGCCACUAUCAAUGGUGCAGAGAUCAGAGUUGAUGUUUCUCGAAGUGGAGGCCGCAGAGGUGGAGGAAGGGGAGGUAGAGGUGGAUUUAGAGGUAGAGAUGGCGGAUUUUCUCGUGGAGGACGAGGAGGUUAUGAUUCGGGCUUUAGACGAGGAGGUGGUGGCGGAAGAGGCUUCUCCCGUGGUGGUGGAGGUCGUGGAGGGGGUGGCCGAUAUUUUGGAGAUUCGUAUGGUUCAGGCUAUCGUAGCAGAUCUCCUGUGGGUCAGAGAAACGAUAGCUGGUAAAACCUUCAAUUUAGCUGCUACUUUCCAUGGACUUACCAUCUGUUUUACACUGGAAUUUGUCUAAUGUUUCCAGAAUUUUCCAUCUUUCAUGAGUGUAUGUUCAGUCUUUUGUUUGUGUAUUCAUUGACAUUCGGAUGCCGCAUUGUAUUAUAGACAUUACCUCAUUUAUGUUUGGCUGUUUGUAUUCAUGUAAUAAAAUAGUCCCAAGUUUUUGUAUUCAUUCAAUCAUUAAAAUUUCAAAAAAUUAAUGUCUUUUA